CCACUUACUUCUCUGCAUAAUUCACUCCUUCAUUUAUUUCCAUGUAAAGGUAAUCUUUCAUCUAUGAUCUAUUCUUUCUCUUCCAAUGUUUUAUUUACGAGAAAUUGAUCCACAAUUUCCGGUGAUCUUUAGUUUGUUCUUAAAGGCUGAUUUUCUUUUUCAUUAUUGACACAUUCACUAACAUGUGUUGAAGAUUUCAGGCGGUAGAAACUUGUAGGAGGAUGGCAUGUGAUUAUUUUAACAAGAUUCAAGAAAUCACAAUUAUAUCAACUAUGAUUUCCUUGAUUAAACAUAUAAGCGUUCUACAAGCUUUUCGAUCACAAAGAGAUAUUCAAGUACCAAAGAGUAGAGCCAACAACAUUACGUGGAUCAGAGUGCAAUGUCCUCCUCAGCGUAAUGGUAUAGAUUGCGGUUAUUUCAUCUUGAGGUUUAUGAAAGAAACUCUUCUUUUGGAUCAAAUAGAGAUUCCAUCCACGUACUUUGAAGAAUUCAAGUGUGCUCAUUACUCAAAAGAUCAAUUGGAUGAACUUAUGGAAGAAUGGUGUCAAUUCAUUAUGGAGUUGAGAAUUUUAUAAGGUUAUAGGUGCAGCUGUAGAAGAUAGAGCUAACAAGUUCAUUGUUGUUGUUUUUUAGAAAUUCUCGAAGAUAGUAAUAUGUAGAUUUAACAUAAAUUUAGCAUUUUAGAAUUUUCUAGUAGUAUCAUCAAUUUUC